AUGGGCAGAGCCCAACCCACGAACCAAGACUUCGUCCAGAUAUUCCCAGGCCUCGCCCGGGCGUACGAGGACGGCGCCUUCCGAGGCGAGGCUGCUGGCCUGGUGGAGUCUCUUCGUUCGGUGCCUUUCGAAUGGGCUUUCGUGACCGGCGGCCCCGGCUCGGGAAAGACUACCGCAGCUUUGGCGAUAGUCAAGGCCGUCAUCUCCCAGCCAGCUCGCUCUUCGGCUCCCCCGGUGGCCAUCGACCAGGCUGAUACCCCCAAGGCUGAGGGCGACAAUGUCAAUGAUGCUGAGGCUGAGAAUUUGGGAGGCCACACGGAAAGCGACGCUCAUGGUCAGAUUGACGACGGCCUCGAGCACACCAGCCCCGACAUUCCGCCCCCUCCUGCUUUGCGUUGGACUGACAACAAGUCUGACAACAAGGCUGACGGUGCCGACUGCGCUGAGGAAGAGACCGCUGGUGACGUCCCAUCAACCCGUCCACGUCGACCCCUGACACUCUUUACAUGCUUAGGAGAAGCAUCUUCCUAA